CUCUCUCUCUCUCUCUCUCUCUCUCUCUCUCUCUCUCUCUCUCUCUCUCUCUCUCAGGGCUGCGAAGAUAGCCAGUCUACCUGCCUCUGUAUGUGCUGUGUUCAUGAAGAAGAUGAAAGAGGCCAACCUGAGUUCUUUGCCUCUCACCUCUCGCUCUCGCCCCACACUGACCAACAGAGCGCUGAACUGCCUGGGGAGGAACAUGUCAAAGUUGUCCAGUGAGGAAGUGUUGAGUCUGGGGUCGCUGCUGUGUGAGCUGGCCCCCUCUCAGAUGUCCCUCCUGGCCCCUGAGGUCCUCAACUCCACCGUGCAGGCCCUGGCCUCCUGCAAACAGAUUCCUCCACGCCACUGGAGGGCGCUCUUCCAGCUGCUCAAUGAUACAUACGGUGACCCGUCUGAUUGGACAGCUGACACCAUCAAAUCCCUGGGUCCUCUUCUCCUGUUGGAUGAUUCUGCUGUCCGCUCACUGCGCUUUAAGUCGUGGCUGAAAGAGACUUUGUCUGACCUGAUGGACAGCCUACCCAGACCUCCGGUCCCUAACCCUCCUCAUGAGUUUAGUAGUGGUCCGGACCUCUCAGCCCUGCGAUGGAAACUCUUCUCUCUCUCCACCUCCACAUCUGAAGUAAUGCCCAUGCGCAGGAGGAGAGCAGUUCUCCCUCAGGGGGAGGCGGGCCUUACUGUGUCUCUGUUGGAGGAACUGGGCGGAGCCAAUGUCUACUGGAGCCCAGCCCAGCUCUCCAAGAUGGACGCCGUCACAAUCACCGCUGCCGUGGAAACGCUGGGGGAGGUCCUUGAUUACAGCGCCGAGCAACUAGUGGUGCUCAGAGAGAAGGCCAUCCAGGCCUGGGGUCCAGUGUCAGGUUUGAAUGAGAGCCAGGUGCUCCAGCUGGGCUGUGUCUCUCAGGGGUUCAACCUCACUGAGCUGCCCAGCCUCCCCUUCUCCUCCCUGGACACUCUGGAGACACUUUCCCGCUGCUCCUGGACACAACCACAGAGGGAGGCUGUGUGGAGGGGUUUUGUGGAGCGUAUUAAUAAGACAGUGGGAGAACUGGGAGCUGUAGAGUUGGUGGGACUGGACCAGUUCAUCUGUGGUCUGAACACUGAGGAGACUGGUCAACUCAACACUGAUGCCUUCAGGGAGGCAGUACAGUCGGUGGGCGAGGUGCAGUGCCCCCUGGCAGUAACAGAGCUUCUGAAGCAGCGUGCCGUGGCUGUGUUUGGAGAACCACAGGGAUGGACUGAGGCUCGGGUCAACUCUCUGGGCAACAUCAUGGCUGGUUUGAGUUUGUCAGAGUUUCCUUCUCUCAGUCACUCUGCCUUCUCAUUCCUCAGUCCGACCAGCGUUCCCCUCAUCCCCCCAGACCGCCUCGCUGCACUCUCAACCAGCCAGCUGAAGGCCCUGGGUCCUGACAAUGCUGCCAUGGUAACCAAUGCACAGUGGGCGGUGCUGGGGAAGGCACAACGGGCCGCUCUUGGCAAUGCUCUGGGUGUGGCCUACGACCGAGUGGCCUAUGACCGCGCAGAAUCAACUACAAACCCACCCAGAAACCUGCCCCAACUCUCAGGAGCAUCUAUGCUGGGAACUCUGGGAGUUGGAGUCUUUAUGCAGCCCUUCUUGUUCAUACUGCUGGGGUUUGUCCUGUAGUGAGAAACUACACAUCCAAUAGACACGCAUGACAUAUGGAACUACUCAUGCAUGUGUUGAACAAGAAUAGAGAUUGUUCAUAAUAUGGCAUAUUUUAACACAUUUAAUAGUAACAAAUAUAACUUGUAUAUCCUGCUUUUUUUAUUAUUACCUAUUCUAGAUUAAGCCAGAGCAGGCCUUGAGCACAUCAAAGCAGAUACAGAUACCUGUGACAAUGUAAAAGCACUUGAUAUUUUUUAUUCUAUUUGUUAAAGAAAUAUAUAUAUUUCUAUAUCUUUGUUGCAAUGGUGGGUCUCUUCUAGUAGGACAAUGCUGGAACAUGUAAUGAUGUGUGAGUCAGUGUUCUGCAUGGGUUGUUUUCUGAGAGUUGGGAUCAUAAGAUGAGGAUUAUGGGUGCUCACCCAGUGCUGACAAGAUUGGAAGUGGAAGACUAACUUAAUA